AUUUCUCAAGCUUCACUGUAAAAACCACCCACCCAACAAAUCAGCAAAAAUGUCAUUUAGAGGCGCCCCACGAGGUCGCGGAACUGGCGCAAACUCUGGAGGAUUCGGAGGCAGAGGAGGCGGUGGAUUUGGAGGUCGUGGAGGUAAUUUUUCCAGCUCUGCGAUCGAUCGCGAAAUAUUUUUCUUGGAGCUCUAGCUGAUGUGAGGUAGGACGCGGUGGAUUCCAAAGAGAUAAUGGACCUCCAGAUGCUGUUCACGGUAUGAUUCAUUGGAUGGUCAAUGGGUACGAGCUCUUCUAAUACGAUUACAGAGAUGGGAACUUUCCUCCAUGCUUGCGAAGGAGAAAUUGUGUGCGAAUCAGUAAACACCAAGAUCCCAUACUUCAAUGCGCCAAUAUAUCUCGAGAACAAGGUACGGCUUUACAUCCUGCGUCGUGAGUUCGGAUUCGAAUACUGACAAUUUCACAGACCUCAAUUGGCAAAGUGGAUGAAAUUCUAGGUCCUAUCAACCAGGUAAAUCGACGUACUUUCGAAGCUACCAAGAGCAAACAGCUAACACAUCAAAGGUCUAUUUCACCAUCAAGCCAACCGAGGGUAUCCAAGCUGCAUCAUUCAAAUCUGGAGAUAAGUUCUACAUCGGCGGCGACAAACUACUUCCUCUCGAGAAAUUCCUCCCCAAACCCAAACCACCACCAGGAGCACCAAAGCCAAAGAGAGCUGGAGGACGAGGAGGUAGAGGUGCACCAAUGAGAGGUGGCCGGGGAGGUGGAAGAGGGGCACCAAGAGGACGAGGUGGAUUCAGUUCCGGUGGAAGAGGCGGUGGCCGUGGAGGUGGAGGAUUCUCACGAGGUGGAAGCGGUGGGUUCUCAGCAAGAGGUCGCGGUGGUGGCAGAGGUGGAUUCUCCCGUGGACGAGGUUAA